AUGCCUGGAGUGUCGCUGACGGUGUUCCUUCAGAUUUGUGUGAAAGAGGAGCUUUGGCUUCGAUUUCAAUUCCUACACUUGAUCGAGGUGGAUUCCGAUGGCCAGGCGCUAUCCAACACCACCUUCCCCGAGUACGGGUUCAGCCUGAGCAAGGGGAGGUUGGGUUAUCAGCAGACCUUUGACUUCUCCGCCUCACUGGGCAACCGCACAGUGGGGCUCAACUACUCCCUGUAUUCCAACGAGACCUACGUCUCCUACGGCAACGUGUCGCUGCUCAAUCGGCCCGGCACCAACAAGUGGAAUCUGCUGCUGAGCGGGUGGACCUUCGCCCAGCCGACCAACCGCCUCGAGAUCUAUGUUGGACUGUCAGUCCAGGCGAGUGUUCAGUCGAUAGUUGGAGUAAGCGCAGGCUCAGCGGUGGCCAAUCAGCGGACAACGCGCUACGUGGUGCAAACUACCCACACUACCAGCACGAUGGACCUGGCAGACUUCGCUCUGGCGGACGUUGACGUGGACCGGCCCGUGCAGCAUCGCUUCGAAGCCGCCGACACGCUUGUGCUGAGCCUGCCGACCUUCACCGACCGCCUCAGCUACGACCCCAACAUCGGUCUGCUACUGCGGGACCAGGGCAACGGCGACGAGUGCUCCGCGGGUUCGAUAUCCCUCUGGAUCCUGUGCCUAAUCGCCGCCGCGCCUUCGUAUACGUCCGCGACCGACGAGCGCGCCAGCGGCGACGAACAGUACUACAGGCCCGACUGA